AUGGCCCACCCCCACCAUAACCUCUGCAUAUCCAACACCAACCACAACCCGGCCGAUGACCUCGCCUCGCCAUUUGGCAAGCUCGAUGGACUCGGGCCCGAUGACUUCCGCGAGGCGGCAUACGAGGUCUUCUUCACGGCCUGCCGCUCUUCCCCGGGAUUCGGUGGCCGGAGCAUGAUGGCCGCGGCCGCGUGCUACGGGUCGGACGAACAGGGGGACGGGAUCGGAUCGGGCCUCGGUUCAGGGAUGAAGCCCCCCGGGGUUGGGAUGGCCGUGACAAGCCGGGUGAAGCGUGCCCUUGGGCUCAAAAUGCUGAGGCGGCCGCAGCCAUCGAGACGGUUCAGCUUGUGUGGGUCCAACAAUGUUGGGGCCGGCAAGUCGUCGAGCCCCAAGGCAGGAGGGGGGCACACAGUGCCCGGGGCAGGGAGGAUGAGGCGGCCGCUGACGUCAGCAGAGAUCAUGAGGCAGCAGAUGGAGGUGACGGAGCAGAGUGACAACAGGCUGAGGAAAACGCUGAUGAGGACCCUCGUCGGCCAAAUGGGCAGGCGAGCCGAGACCAUCAUCCUUCCUCUGGAGCUACUCCGCCACCUAAAACCUUCCGAGUUCAACGACACCACAGAGUACCACCAGUGGCAGCUGCGCCAGCUCAAACUCCUCGAGACGGGCCUCCUCCUCCACCCUUCCAUCCCCCUCCACGCUUCCGACCCCUCCGCCGCCCGGCUCCACCAGAUCAUCCGGGCCGCUGAGGCCCGCCCAGUUGACACCGGAAAAAACUCUGAGACUAUGCGCGCCCUCUGUAACGCCGUGGUCUCCCUGUCCUGGCGCACCCCGGAUGGUGGGCCCACGGACAUCUGCCACUGGGCCGAUGGGUACCCGCUCAACAUCGAGAUCUACAAUGCCCUACUACGCUCGGUUUUCGACUCCAAGGACGAGACACAGGUCCUUGACGAGGUGGACGAGCUGAUGGAGCUCAUGAAGAAGACGUGGUCCAUGCUCGGGAUCAGCCGGCCCGUGCACAACCUGUGCUUCGCGUGGGUGCUCUUUGAGCAGUACGUGGGCACAGGGCAAGCUGAGCCCGACCUGCUUGGGGCAGCUGCUGUGAUGCUGUCCCAUGAGGUAGCAGCCGAUGCCAAGAGGGCUGACAGAGAGCCCGUUUAUGUGAGGAUGUUGGGUUCUGUGGUGGCAGCCAUGAAGGCGUGGUCGGAAAAGAGGUUGUUGGACUAUCACGGGAAUUUCGAGAGGGGGAAUGUGGGCAUUAUGGAGCACAUGCUUCCGCUGGUGUUCUCGUGUGCCAAGAUAUUGCGGGAGGACGUGCCUUGCUAUGUGACAUCACCUGAGGGUAGUAUUAUCAAUGGGGAUGAUUUGAGCGGGAAUAGGAUCGAUUAUUACAUCCGCUCGUCUGCGAGGAACACGUUCGCUAAGAUGCUCGAGGAUCAAAACGUCAAAGAAACUGAAAACAUGGAGACCCAAAGAGUGAGCGAGGUGUUGAUAAAACUCGCACGCGAGACAGAGGAGCUGGCCUCUAAAGAAAAGGACAUUUUUAGCCCUUUGCUGAAAAAAUGGCACCAGGUGGCCGCCGGAGUUGCCGCCGUGACUCUGCACUCUUGCUAUGGGACUCUGCUAAAGCAGUACCUGACGGGCAUGUCUUCUUCAUCAUCACUCAUGAACGAGACAAUCUUGGUGCUGCAGAGGGCAGGGAAGCUGGAGAAGGCCCUGGUGCAAAUGGUGGUGGAGGACUCGGUUGAGUGUGAGGAUGGCGGCAAAUCGGUCGUGCGGGAGAUGGUUCCGUACGAGGUGGACACGAUUAUACUCAAGAUGCUGAAGCAGUGGAUUCAGGAGAGGUUGAAGAUGGGGAAGGAGUAUCUACAGAGGGUGAAAGAGACAGAAACAUGGAAUCCCAAGUCCAAAACAGAGCCAUACGCUCAUUCGGCUGCGGAACUCGUCAAGUUUGCCAAGGAAGCUGUGCAGAAUUUCUUCGAAAUCCCAGUCAAUGUGUCUGAGAAUUUAGUUUACGACCUCACAGAUGGUCUGGAGCACCUCUUUGGAGACUACAUCACCUUUGUCGCAUCAUGUGGAUCAAAACAGAGCUACCUCCCGACCCUUCCCCCCUUAACACGCUGUGGCCGCGACUCCAAGUUCUUAAAGCUCUGGCGGCGAGCCGCCUGCAAUGCCGGCAUCCAUGUCGACCCCAACCCCAACGGCCAACCAUCCGCGCGCCCCUCCACCAGCCGCGGGACCCAGCGCCUCUACAUACGGCUCAACACCCUCCACUACCUCCUCUCCCAGAUCCACUCCCUCGACAAGACCCUCUCCCUCACCCCCAAAAUCACCCCACCCAAAUCCCGCUUCGGCAACCGCCGCCAGCUCGGCAGCUCAUAUUUCGAGCACAGCCGCUCCGCCCUCCGCUCCGCCUCGCACUACGUCUCGGAGGUCGCGGCCUACCGCCUCAUCUUCCUCGACUGCAACCCCUUCCUCUACGCCAGCCUGUACGCGGUGUCCCCCCGCAUAAUCCCAGCCCUCGGAGUCCUGAAGCAGAACCUGAAGCUGCUGUGUGCGAUCGUGACCGACCGGGUCCAGCCGCUGGCCCUGAAGGAGGCGAGCGGGAUAGGGGUGGUUGGGGUGGGGAUGGGGAGGAAGCUGCCGAUGCCGCCCACGACGGGGCGGUGGAACAGGUCGGACCCCAACACGAUACUCAGGGUGUUGUGUCAUAGGGAUGACAGGGUGGCCGAUCAGUUUUUGAAGAGGACGUUCCAGCUGCCCAAGAGGAGCGGGUCCGGGUGA